AUGUUGUGUCACCACAUCUUUUUUACGUCGAUUUUUGUUAAGUCUGAUAAGAAAGAGACACGUGGCAACAGGCUCGACCUCGCCGCUCCUACCGGCGCAGGCGGUAACCCGUCGAAUGCCGAAUCCAACGGCCUCGACCAAGCCACCAUAGAAACCUUCCCCACGUUCCUCUACUCCGACGUGAAGGGUCUCAAAAUCGGAAACGACACGCUGGCAUGCGCCGUGUGCUUGAACGAGUUCCAAGACGAGGAAACCCUCCGCAUGAUCCCCAAGUGCUGCCACGUGUACCACUCCGAUUGCAUCGACGUUUGGUUAGCCUCCCACUCCACGUGCCCGGUUUGUCGCGCCAACCUCGUUCCACAACCCGAAGACAUAAACAUGCCUCCGAUGUUGUCCAUUCAGAUACCCGAUGAUGAGGAACGUGACCACGAACAUGAACAUCAAAGUGAACAUGACAUUAGUGAAGAACAUAAGAGAGAGAGUGACGCGGAAUCACCAAUGGUGGACUUGCUUCGUAGGGUUCGCUCGUUGCAUCAGAGCCGUCCAUCAUUGUCGAGAUCAACGGGGUUUCUAUCUUCGCUUUUGUUUCCGCGGUCGAACUCGUUGGGUCAAUUGGUGCAGCCUGGGGAGAACUAUGAGAGGUUUACGCUACGGUUACCCGAGGAGGUACGAAGCCAGAUGAUGAACUCGACGCUGAAGCGUGCGAAGAGUUGCGUGUGCUUUACGAGAAUGAGCAGUGACACGCGGGGGUAUAGGACGAGAAGCGUGGGAAGUGGACGUGGGAGAGGGUGUGUGCAGUAUGAGAGGUUUGGUGGUGAGGUACAGUGGGGUUUCCCUUUGACGCCACCGAGUCUCGUUAGGAAUAACGGUUGGAACAGAUCCAUGAAAAAAUCACAGGUUCAGCGUUCGGGUGUGGCUUUCGAUAAUAAUCUUGCUGGUGAACGAUCCUCUGAUUUCUUGCGUCUUGCUCCAUAGAAGU